CAGCCCCCUGCGGCCAUGGCUGCCGCCCUGCUCUCCUCCCACCGCCAGGGGGCGCCGUGCCCCGAGCUGCCCUGCGCGCUCCUCUCUAUGGUCUCCAGCUCACAUCCACUUCCGCUUCCGCCCAGCGCCUUCUCUCCGGGCCGCCGCCACCGCCGAGAUGGUGAGUGCGGGAGCUGGGCCGGGCUCCAUCCGCCUGCAUCCGCCCCGGGACUGCGGCGGGCCGGGCUCCCUGCGCUGCGAUGGGUGAACGUGCCGAAAACCCGCCGGACCUACUGCAAGAAGUGCGGGAAGCACCAGCCGCACAAGGUCACGCAGUACAAGAAGGGGAAGGACUCGCUCUACGCGCAGGGAAAGAGGCGCUAUGACCGGAAGCAGAGUGGAUAUGGGGGCCAGACAAAGCCCAUCUUCCGUAAAAAGGCCAAGACCACCAAGAAGAUUGUGCUGAGGCUGGAGUGUGUGGAGCCCAACUGCAGAUCCAAGAGGAUGCUGGCAAUUAAGAGGUGCAAGCACUUUGAGCUGGGAGGAGACAAGAAGAGAAAGGGCCAGGUGAUCCAGUUCUGAGCGUCAUCCUACUCGUCGUUACGGACCGUAUUAAAGUAAUUAGAUUGA